AUGUCUUAUAGUUCACCAUUUUCCCCCGAGAGCGAUACACCAGAACUUGCUGCCGACACAAUUUCAUAUUUGACUUCUCAGAAGAGAAAAUGGCUCGCUGGUAGGUAUCUCAGUAGUAAUUGGGACGUGAAUGAAAUCAUGAGCCGGGAGGAAGAGAUAGUCGAUGAGGAUAAGUUGAAGUUCAAAAUGAACUUAUAA